ACAUAAUUCUUCUUUACGUGUCUAUCUAUCCAUACACUUGAAAAAAACCCUCCUGUCUUCACCCAUAAAUAUCAAUCUCCCUUUCAUUUCUCACCAUCAAACAAAAUAAUUGAACAACUUCCACAGGAACAAACAAUCAUGAGAACUAUUUCCCUUCAUUCAACCUCAUUUUCACUUGUUGAGUUCCAUGGUACCAAGAAUUUGGCACAAAGCAGGAUCAAUAGAUCGGUUUCGUUGAUUCCAAUGGCGAGGUCUCAAUUUCAGCCUAAAAUAAGACGUGACAUUGGUACUAGCAAUAGAAAUCCAAGUUUUAGCUGGAUGGCAACAGUUGGAGAGAAAGUGCACAACUCCACGGUUCCUACUUCUGUUCCUGUUCGAGUUGCACUUGAAUUGCUUCAAGCUGGCCAUCGUUAUUUAGAUGUCAGAACUACUGAGGAGUACAAUGAUGGGCAUGCUGCUGGAGCCAUAAACAUUCCUUACAUGCUUAGAAUUGGCUCAGGGAUGAUAAAGAACCCCAAUUUCUUGGAGGAAGUGUUGGAACAAUUCGGGAAGGAUGAUGAGAUUAUAGUUGGAUGCCAGUUGGGUAAGAGAUCAUUUAUGGCUGCAACUGAACUUCUUGCUGCUGGAUUUACUGGGGUGACUGACAUUGCUGGUGGAUAUGCUGCGUGGACAGAGAGUGGACUUCCGAUUGAGUCUUGAAGGCCUUUUAUUUACUCACAUAUAAAAAGGGUAGAUUUUUAAAUAAGUACACACCAGUAGUCAACAUGGCGAAAUCAAUUCCCUUUCUUCACAUCAAAAAUUAGAAGGAGCAACUUGCAAAAUCUCUUGUACAGUAAUUUAUAGCAGGUGAUGAUGAUAUUCGAUGUGGGAGAAUCUGUAUUGCAAGAAAUAUGUGUAAAUAUUGUUCUCCUAAUUCUGCUAUAAUAAAUAAUAUUUGCCUGAAAGGCCUCUCAUCUGCUCA